AUGUCUCUAAGUUCUCUCUCAAAGAAUGGACAUGUCAAAUCCUUAUGGGACGAACUGGUGACUUCGCAUUCUGUUCGAAGCAAUAACUUGAGGAACAAAGCAUGGGGCCAAUCAAAAUUUUCUCUUGGAAAAUCGCAGUCCUUUUCAUCUCUUUCAUCCUCUGGAUUGAUGGGUACCAAGCCGUUUCCCAUUCAGCCUCCCGAACAACUUGUCAAGGGAGAAUUGAUAUUGACAUUCCCUCUCUUUUACAAUCGGCAAAUCCGUGUUCAGCUACGGCCUGAAUGGUCACCUGGAUCGGUCGAUUACUUCCAUCGACUGGUUCAGCAUAAAUGUGCUUCAUGCUCGCUCUACCGCCUUGCUCGACAACACAGCGAUGACCCAGGGGAAGGAGUAAUCUUGGGUGUCAUGCAAAACUUGAAGUCGGUACCGCUCAAUACUCAACGAGGAAUUUGUCCAGAAGGAUCUCAUCGUCAUUAUCACGAUCCGGACGCAAAUAAUGAAGAAAAAGACGAGAACAAAGAAAAUGAGGAAGAGAAAAGGAACCCGUACGAUGACGACAACCCCAGAGAAAAUUGCGAAGACUGUGAAUGCCAGGGCCCCAUCUUGCAGCGAGGAAUGGUCGCCUGGGUGGGAGGAGCACCGGGAGGUCCCGAAUUUUUCAUCAAUCUCUAUGAAGAUGCUGUCAAGUACGAGGGUUCUCGUCAUGCCGUGUUUGGAGAAGUUGUGGACUAUGAAUCGUUCGACCUUUUGCAAGAAAUCAUGGAGGAAAACACUGCUCUUGGUGAUUCGCGAGUAUUGCAUGACGAAUUGCAUUUCUACAUUGAUUUGGAAUAA